AUGUCGGACUCACCACAGCAGACUCAAGACUUUCAGUCCAUAAUAAACGCUGCAGUUGUGGCCUCCAUGGAAAAGGCCAUUUCAAAAAUAUUGACGCACCUCCCUCCAGAAAACCCCACCCAGGGGAUAACGGCCCAGGACACGGAGGAGCAAGCGAGGCAAAAAGAGCCUAAUGGGCCCUAA